UGUCCAGCCUCACAAACCGAACAAAAAGGCGGGGAGCAAAGAACACGACAUAUUUAUCAGGAAAACCCUAAUUCUUCACCCUUUUUCGGAUCACAAAUUCCCUAUUUUUGAAUUCAUUCUGAAAACCUCCAUUUGGUUCCAUCUCUUUCUCUGUCAAUCACAGCUAUUUGUUUAUGUUCACUCACUCUCGUCAUCAAUCCUCCAUAGAUAACGACAUCCCAUCCGUGAGUUUUUCCCCUGUCUUCUAGUAUCUUGUACCUUUCAUCUGCAUCGAGAAUCUCUUAACUUAGACGACAUUAUUCCUCUUUGAUGAUUAAUUCCCACAAAAGGAAUUGAGUCUCUGUAAAUUCUUAUAAUCCAUUCUUCUUUCUCCAAUUAUUUACUUUCGAAGAAAUCCCAUAAAAAGGGAUCGUAAAUCGUAAUCUUCCCACACUGAAUUUCGUUUUCGGAGUGUCUGAUUUGGUUGUGAAUGAUGAUUAUUGAUUCAAUUGUUGCCCAAAUUCCGUUUUUUGUUGCGGAAGUUAACAAGCUUUGUCUUCCACGAGACUUUAUCGGUUUUGGCAGUCACAUGUCUUAUUCAUUACUGAUCAUCCUUUAAGUAGUUACAAAUUAGGUAUUUCAAUUGAAUUUGAGAUGGCUAUUGACUCAUAUCAAUAAUAGGGUCUGGUGAUUUCUUAUAUAAGCUAUCCAAGUGUUCAUAUUUCUUCAAACCACAAUGGAAGUCUUCAUGUUGUUGAAGAUGCUGGCUGUUGUGCUUUUGCUUUUGUUUUGUGAUUGUGUUGUGGGCAAGGAAUGCACCAACAUUCCAACCGAGCUCUCGUCGCAUACGUUUCGGUACCAAUUACUGAAUUCAGAUAAUGUCACUUGGAAAGAAGAGGUGGGGUUGUUUCAUAACCAUUUGACUCCCACUGAUGAUUCUGCUUGGGCCAGUUUGCUCCCUAGGAAAGUGUUGAAACAGGAAGAUGAAUAUUCUUGGAUGAUGAUGUAUAAACAGAUGAAAAAACUCGGGGUUAGGUCUCGUGUUUCUGGGAAUUUCUUGAAUGAAAUUCCUUUGGGUGAUGUGAGAUUGGACCCUGAUUCGAUUCACGGUCAAGCUCAACAAACCAAUUUGGAAUACUUGUUGAUGUUGGAUGUUGAUAGUUUGGUUUGGAGCUUUAGGAAGACUGCCGGUUUGCCGACUCCUGCCACUGCCUAUGGAGGUUGGGAAUCACCAAAUCAAGAGCUUCGUGGUCACUUCGUAGGGCAUUACUUGAGUGCCACAGCUCAAAUGUGGGCUAGCACCAAUAAUGACACUCUCAAAGAGAAGAUGACUGCAGUGGUAUCAGCACUCGCUGCCUGUCAAGAAAAGAUGGACUCGGGCUACCUCUCUGCUUUCCCAACCGAGUUUUUUGACCGUUUUGAAGCCAUCAAGCAAGUCUGGGCUCCAUAUUACACCAUUCACAAGAUAAUGGCUGGUCUAGUGGAUCAAUAUGUUUUGGCUGGCAACAGUGAAGCUCUAAAAAUGGUGACUCAGAUGGCAGACUAUUUCCGCAAACGUGUGGAAAAUGUGAUUACGAAGUACACUAUUGAAAGACACUGGCGAUCUUUAAACGAAGAAACGGGUGGAAUGAAUGAUGUCAUGUAUAGGCUAUACACCAUUACAGGAGAUACAAAACAUUUGUGGUUGGCUCAUCUUUUUGACAAGCCCUGCUUUCUUGGAUUAUUGGCUGUAAAGGCCGAUGAAUUAUCUGGUUUUCAUGCCAAUACGCAUAUUCCAAUUGUUGUUGGAUCGCAAAUGCGGUAUGAAAUUACUGGUGAUCCUCUCUACAAGGAAAUCGGGAUGUCUUUCAUGGAUAUUGUGAACUCUUCUCACAUGUAUGCUUCAGGAGGGACAUCGGUUGGCGAGUUUUGGUCGGAUCCAAAAAGACUCGCCACCACCUUGCAAACGGAGAAUGAAGAAUCAUGUACCACCUAUAACAUGUUAAAGGUCUCACGUAAUUUGUUUAGAUGGACCAAAGAAAUGGCUUAUGCGGAUUAUUACGAACGAGCAUUGACUAAUGGUGUCCUGAGCAUUCAAAGAGGGAAAGAACCUGGAAUUAUGAUAUAUAUGCUUCCAAUGGGACCUGGAGAAUCAAAAGCUACGGGAUACCAUAAAUGGGGAACAAAGUUUGAUUCUUUCUGGUGCUGUUAUGGAACCGGAAUUGAAUCAUUCUCGAAAUUAGGCGAUUCGAUAUACUUUGAAGAAGCAGGAAAAAAUCCCGGGGUUUACAUCAUUCAGUACAUAUCUAGUUCGCUUAACUGGAAAUCUGGGCAGAUUCUUCUUGAACAGAAAGUAAUUCCCGUUGCAUCGUGGGACCCUCGCCUUCGAGUCACGAUCACGAUCGCCUCAAAGAAGGAAGGGUCAUCGUCUACGUUGAAUUUUAGAAUACCAUUUUGGACAACAUCAAAUGCAAAAGCAACACUUAAUGGUCAGGGUAUUCCUAUAACAUCUGCAGGUAAUUUCCUAUCGGUCACAAAAAAAUGGAGCUCGUCGGACAUUAUUAUCCUUGAAAUGCCGAUAACUCUUAGAAUGGAGGCCAUUCAAGAUGACCGAUCCGAUUACGCUUCUCUUCAUGCAAUCUUAUAUGGUCCCUAUUUGCUCGUUGGCCUGACCACCGGUGAUUGCGACCUAAAAGCAGAAUCAGGUUCUCUUUCCAACUGGAUCACUCCAAUUCCAUCGGAUUACAAUUCCCAUCUAAUUUCACUUUCUCAAGAAACCGGGAACUCAACCUUUGCUCUCUCGCACACAAACACGAUCGUCACAAUGGCAAAGUUCUCGAACCCUGGAACUAGCGAUUCUGUUUUCUCGACAUUUAGAAUCAUCUUAGCAGACUCCUCAACUUCAGCUGGUAUAUCGUCAUAUAAAGAUGCUAUCGGUAAGACCAUCAAGCUAGAGCCGUACAACCUCCCCGGCAUGUCGCUUGUAGCUCUGGGAAAAGAAAUAAGGAUUGGAAUCAGUGAUUCCCUCGAUCCCAAGAAUUCUUUAUUCCGAUUAGUGGAUGGCAAUGAAGGAACGGUUAGAUUAGAGUCGGAAAGCCAGAAGGGUUGCUUUGUGUAUAGUUCUGAUGGAUCGGUAAAACUGAGCUGUGAUUCCGGUGGAUCGGAUUCCGGGUUCAUGACAUCAACCAGUUUCAAAGCGAACAAUGGAAUCAGCCAAUACCAUCCAAUUAGCUUUGUGGCGAAAGGGUUGAACAUGAAUUUUGUUCUGCAGCCAUUGUUUAGUUUGAGAGAUGAACAGUAUGCAGUUUAUUUCAAACUUCAUUCCUAAAGAGUGUACACUAUGCAUUUAUUUAUAGACAAUGCUUGUGUUUUUAUUAUCACAAUCGUUAUAUAUUAUUAAAUAGUGUUUAAUUUUUCGUUUUCAUAUUC